CGACUAGCUUCGCCUUUUUAAUUAGAGUUUGACAAGAAACCGCAAAUAGGAAAAGACGGAGUACUUGUAUCGCUAAGCCGACAGGCUUCUUUAACCGAAUUCACUUUUCGCAUGCUGCAAUCUGGCUUGAUCAUCUCGGCUUCUCUAGGAAGUGAUAACUUUCUCAACAUCGGGGUUGCGCCUCCUGCAUACGCAAAGGGCAGAUCAAAAGGUUUGCUCGGAAACUUCGACGGGAUUUCAUCUAAUGACUUGACUUCUAGAGAUGGUUUAACACUUCCUCCAGAUUCGAACUUGAGCUUCAUUCACACUGAUUUCGGAAAUACGUGGGAGGUUUCCCGAGAUUUUUGGUUGUUCAGUUCAUCUGCAAUCAGAAAUAUUGCCAGUGAUAUAGAAAGGGGAUCACCCUACUCGCCUGUAUACGAAGCUCAGUUCCAAGACGAACAGCUCAAGGAAAUUGCUGAAGAAAAGUGUGGUUCAAAUCUGGAUUGUCUACUGGACGUUGCUUUGACUGGGAACAUAGCCCUUGCUAACAAUGCUCGGGAAGUCAGAUCAGUUGUCGAAGAAGUUGCUACAGUAAACAUCGUCUACAAUGAAAAAGAGAAGAUGGAUAUUCUACGCGCAGAAUCCAAUGGGCCAGCGUUAAAAGUGUCAUUCACCUUUAUGCUGUCAUUUCUGCUGUUUUGUAUAAAAUGAAACCAUUAUUGUUGGCCAAAACAUUGCAAAUUUUGGGUACGACAAAAGGUUAAGUGCACAAG